UAAUAAUGAUCUUGCACUGUCUUAAACUUCAUGUCAUCAAAAUAUUCAGAAAUAGCCUGAUCUUUCAACAUUUAAAAAAAAAAGAUAAAUAAGUAGAUACCCUUACAUGAAGAUUUUAUUUAUUGAUCUCGACCAUGACUUUGCUCUUGUAUGUUAAUAAUUACACAAGAGUGCUACAGAAUAUGAUUGUGGGACACUGAGUGGUCUCUCACUCUAUCUCAGGCAAUCAUGAGACUCGUAGUCUGUUUUCUUUCUCUGCUCACUCUUUUCGGUCCUGCAGAAUGUGGGAAUGUUUUAGUUUGGUUUACUGAGGGCAGUCACUGGAUCAAUCUGAAGAUCGUGUUGGAAACGUUGAUUGAAAGGGGACACAGUGUCACGGUGCUGGUUCCGGACGCCUCUCUCUUCAUGCAUGCCAAAGAAUCGGAUCGCUUCUCCUACCAGCCCUUCAAUGUGUCUAUAUCUGCACAGGACAUAGAGAACUCCUUUGAGGAUUUUUUACAUUUCUCAAUGUAUGAGAUGGAAGAGUUGAACUUGCUGCAAAUUUAUAUCAAAUUCUACCAGCUUUUCUCCAAAGAUCUAGAUUUGUGUUUUAAAUACUGUGAUGGUACUCUGAAGUCUCCAGAGUUGAUGGACAAAUUGGAGCGUGGGAAGUUUGACGUCAUGCUGUCGGAUCCGAUCUAUCCAUGCAGCGAGGCUUUAGCUGAAAAGCUGAACAUUCCCUUAGUGUACACAUUACGGUUCUCUAUCGCUAACACUUUCGAGCGGAUGUGUGGUCAGAUACCAGCUCCACCAUCAUUUGUUCCUGGAACAAUGAGUAAACUCACAGACAAGAUGAGCUUUGCAGAGCGAAUCAAAAAUAUGCUCUUCUACCUUUCUCAAGAUGUUUUGGCCAUUAGUCUGUGGAAAAAAAUCGACAACUAUUACACAGAAUAUUUUGGACACCACACUUCUUAUUGUGAGAUGAUGGGUAAAGCUGAUAUCUGGUUAAUCAGAACCUACUGGGAUUUUGAGUUUCCACGGCCAUUCCUGCCCAACUUCAAAUAUGUUGGAGGCCUUCACUGCACCCCUGCCAAACCAUUACCCAAGGACAUGGAGGAGUUUGUGCAGAGCUCAGGGGAUGAUGGGAUUGUGGUCUUCACACUGGGGUCUUUGGUAAACAACAUUACCAAAGACAGGAGCAAUACGAUUGCCUCUGCACUGGCACAGAUUCCACAGAAGGUUUUAUGGCUAUAUGUCGGAGAGAAGCCAGAUAUGCUUGGUGAAAACACCAGAAUCUAUAAGUGGGUCCCUCAGAAUGAUUUAUUGGGUCACCCCAAAACCAGAGCAUUCAUCACUCAUGGAGGCACUAAUGGCAUAUAUGAGGCCAUAUAUCAUGGUGUUCCAAUGGUCGGGAUCCCCUUAUUUGGUGACCAGCCUGAUAAUUUGGUUCAUAUGAAGGCCAAAGGUGCUGCUGUUAUCAUGGACUUCAACAGUAUGCAGAUUCCAGACCUGGUGGAGGGACUCAGUGCCGUCAUUAAAGAUCCCUCGUAUAAAGAGAACGCUAUGCGUUUGUCCAGGAUUCAUCAUGACAGACCAGUAACGCCUUUAGAUGAGGCUGUGUUCUGGAUUGAGUUUGUCAUGCGCAAUAAAGGCACUAAACACCUGCGUGUCGAGGCCCACAACCUUACCUGGUACCAGUACCACUGUCUGGACGUGUUCGCUUUUCUCAUCACUAUCCUGACUGUAGUCCUCUACGUCUUCUUUAAAAUGUGCAAAUUCUUCAUAAUGCGUUGCUGUUUUAGAUCAAAGAGGAAAAGCAAAAAAGAGUGAUUGAUUCUGACUUAAACAAAAAUGUCAUUUCUAUCUUUUGCUUUAGUUUUUCAGUAGGAAAUAUCAUUUUAUGUUUCUAACAUUUGUUUUGCAAUGAAUUAUAUGCACAGAGAAUCACAGAGAUUUGAUCUCACCAUCAUCAAUCUGUCUGUGAUUACAUU